GGAAAGCCCGUACUAAUCCAAACUGUCAAAGUUUCAAAAAGCUGUUAAAUUCGGAUCUCAGCAGGAAAAACAACCGCAGUGUGUAAACUUUUUUUUGACUGCCAGCUGCAGAGAAGUAACCCUGCGCUUAUUCAUCGAAUCGUCGUCAGCGUUUGCUUCUGCAACUUCAAUUUGCUGCCUCAGCUUCUUGUUCCAAGAUCAGUAUAACGCCAAGAUGAAAGUUAUCGGAUCUACCUGCGCACUGAAGAACAAGGUUGGCAGCGAGGACGUCGUGCGGUGCCUGUCCGACCAGAGCCUUGCCAUCUCUAAAUGCAAAAUCCCGCUUCUGGACGAGCAGAUGAACGUAUUUCUUCAAGACAUGAACAGCUGCUACAGCAAGCUGAAGGAACUCGUGCCUACUCUGCCACCUAACAAGAAAGCCAGCAAGAUGGAGAUCCUGCAGCACGUCAUUUAUUACAUCUGGGACCUCCAGGUAGAGCUCGACUCGCCGGAGAUGAGCCGUCAACAACCUAGCAAUGGAUCAACCCUCAGCCGCACUCCACUGACAACCCUAAACGCAGAGCUGAAGAGCGUCUCUGUCGAGAAUGGAUGCACCGACGACAGAAUUCUGUGCCGCUGAUUUGAAAGCUGGAAACCACCGUGAUGCGCGUAAAACCAGCUAUAUUAACAAUAUGGUCGAAACGGCUCCCUUGAAUAAAAAGGGGAACUGCAGAACAUUCCCAUGAUGUCCCAAAAAAUCCCCGUAUGAACUGAAAGUGAAGAGGAACUGUGCAUAACAAAGUCGUUGUUCAGAAGAACUUCAUGGUCCAGACGGAGGGGCACAGAGUCCAGGGGAGAUGAGGGCAGCAUCCCGACCCGCUGCUUAGAAUGGACUCAACAAAAAAGACUUGCUCCUUUCCCCCCCCUCCCUUCACUUUUUUUGUACUUUUUGCUAAAUUUACGCGUAGAUGAGAUUUUAUAUUUUGUAAAAAAUGACAACUUCUCAGAUUGCUGAGUUAAUCUGUAUUGUAUAUUACAAUGCUUUAAGAUGUGAAGAUGUUUUUAUUAAAAUGUACGUAAAUGGUGUUUUUAUUAAAACGAAAUAUUUUGAAAUGA